AUAUUAUGAACAUGACUGUUGAGGAUCGUUGUGGUGACACUGAGGGUGAUCUUACUAAUGUUAGUAACAUUGGGAAUACAGUCUGGAAUGUCAGUAAUAAUAUCAGUAGUAUUGAUAGGAAUGUCAUGGAUAAUAUCAGUAGCAUUGAUGGUAAUGUCAUUGAUAAUGUUUGUAUUGUUGAAGGCAAUGUUGUGUUGGGGGCUGAGGUACAAUCUCUGGGGGCUGAGCAAGGGGAUGACUUGGAUAGGCCUGUCCCUUGCCCAGGCUCAGAAGAUUGUGCCUUGAUAAGUGCCCAGCCAUUGGCCUUGCAUAGGACUAGGCAGCUGGCUGGGACUUGUAGUUCCACGCCUCCGGCAGCACUGAAA